AUGAAUAUUAAUCUGACGUUAAUUGGACAGACGGUUACGUUCAUCAUUUUCGUCUGGUUCUGCAUGAAAUUCAUUUGGCCGCCGAUUAUGAACGCGCUGAAUGAAAGACGCAAAACCAUAUCGGACGGACUCGCCGCAGCCGAACAGGGGCAACGCGAGCGAGAGAAAGGCCAAAUGGAUGCUAACGAACUCGUCGAAGAAGCGAAGUCACAGGCGCAGGAGAUAAUCUCUCGUGCUGAAAAACGCGGUACUGAAGUUGUCGCUGAUGCAAAAAGCGAAGCUCGGACCGAAGGAGAGCGAAUUCUCAAUGCAGCACGUGGGGAAAUCGAGAUGGAAGCCAACCGUACCCGAGAACAGCUGCGAGUGCAGGUCGCCCAGUUGGCGGUCUCCGGUGCGGAAAAGAUUCUCGCCAAGGAAGUCGAUGCGAAAACGCAUGAGAAAAUGCUUUCCGACCUGGCUGACAACCUUUAA